AUGUCCUCCUACGACGCCGUCCCCGCCUUCCCCAUCCCCGUCAAUGGCCACGACCUCAAUCCCCCACCCAACGGCCCCCCAUUUAAGAAGCGUAAACGCGGUGCAACGCGUCUCUCCUGCGCGGAGUGUCGGCGAUUGAAGUUGCGCUGUGACCGUCAAAUACCCUGCGAAUCUUGCAUCAAGAGGGGGUGCUCAGCGAUAUGCCCCGAUGGUUCCCUCACGACAGGCAAGGGCAAUCGCAGAUUUGUUCUUGCUUCAACACAAGAGCUUCAUGAGAAGAUCGCGCUUCUGUCAAGCCGCAUACGCGAACUUGAGGAUGGUCUUCGGACCUCCCAUGCGUCAAAUACCAACGGGACCGAUCCCCACCCUCUUCUAACCGACGAACUCCUUCAGAUCAAAGCACCAAUACAGCGAGAGGGCAUUGCACAACUCGUCAACUCCGCCCAGGAUGACUCGGGCGCUGAUGUUGUCGACUCGUUCGGCUCCCUCGCCAUCAGCGACACCGGACGCACCAGCUAUUUCGGGCAGGCUACUAGCUCAUGGGUACGAAGCUCUCGGGAGGAGGACCGAGAUCAACGUCAAGCCAACCUCCGUCAGCUGCUUGCACCUGAAGUUCUUGCACUCAGCGGUGUCUUUCCCGUUGCCCCCCACAUCCAACCUACCGUCGAGUCGGAGUCGGACCGACUCGAGCGUCUCCGCACAUUGUUCUGGUAUCUUCCCCCUGCAGCCGAAGCAGCAGAGCUGCGCCAAAUAUACUUCCAACAUGCUGCCUGGAUGUACAAUCCAAUGUCCCUCGCAACAUUCAACGAGCUGGUUUUCGAUGUGUUCUACAACCCGGUUGCCGCACCACCAACAGAUGACCCCCUGCUCGUACAUCAGCUCGCGCUCAUGUUCAUGGUGCUAGCAAUCGGGAGUUUGAUGGACCUCGCGCGGCCCUCAUACAACAUAGACGCCGAGAAGUACCACCAGCUCGCGCGCGCGGCGCUCUUCCUGAGCCCAAUCUUUGAAGAGCCGACAUUGAGCGCAGUGCAAGCGCUGUUCCUCAUGGCGUUUUAUCUCUUCCUGUGUGAACGCCAUGGCACGGGCGUCGGCACACGGUGGGCAUUCAUGGGCCUCGCGGUGAAGCUGAGCGUCAGCAUGGGACUGCAUCGUGACGCGGGUAAGUGGAACGUCGAACCUGUUGAGAUCCUGCGGCGGGGGAAGACGUUCUGGGAGGUUUUCUCGUACGAUCUCUUGCAGUGCUUCACGCUAGGACGUCUACCGUCAUUUCCUCUGGCCCAUAUUGAUUGCAAGAAGCCCUACUCCGAGGAUCCUUGUAACGAAGAGACAUUCCACUGGUGGAAGCAUAGAUUUACGUCGGAGUGCAUGAACUCGGUGUACGAUCAGGCGUUCGGCGCGAAGACCCCGACGUACAAGACCGUGCUACAGCUCGACCGCAAACUCCGCUCGUUCCCGGUGCCUUCACAGCUGCAGAUCGCCGGCUUCGGCGGCACCGAAACGCGCGCGAACAACUACUCGGACAGCGUGCCGCUGAUUUUGCAGCGCCACACGGUGCUCGCACUUCGGGAGUCGCAUCUGCUGUACAUGCACCGCGGCUUUUUCGCGCGUGCCAUCAGCGAUCAUCCACAGGAUCCGCUGGGCAGCCCAUAUGGCAGCUCGUUCAUCGCCGCGUACCGCAGCGCGGGCUCGCUCGUCGCCCUUGUGCGCAAUAUCUACUCGCAGCUCAAGGAGCUCACUGAGCGCAUGUGGUUCCUCUGGACGCAUCUGUUUUCGUGCUCGAUCAUCCUCGGGUCGAUCGUGACCCGAUGUCCAUCUAUGAGCCUUGCACCAUCGGCUCUAUUACAGCUCGACUCGGCAUGUGAAUUGUUCUCCAAAACGGCGCGAUUCUUCCAUGCCGAGAAGGUGUUGGACAUCAUGAUGAAUCUCCGAGAAAAGGCUCACGCGAGUCUCGCGGCAUGCCGCAACUCGCCACCGCACCGCAAUGGCACGUCGGAGCCGACGACACCCGCUGACGCACACGACGAGCUCAACAUCCUGGGCGGACGCACGCGGCUCGUCGCGUCGAAAGAGAAGUCGAUGUCGCCGCAGAUCAUGGAUCGUUCGCCGACGUCGCUGAACCCGAUCGUGCCGCUGCCGCUCAAGGACGCCGACUGGCAGCAUGAGUCCGUGCUGCAGUACAUGCGGAGCUUCGCAUCGCCGGCUCCUGGACAACAGUCCGCUGCAACCACCUCGCUGCACGCGCAGCUGGCGUCCCAAGGCAUGAUGAACGGAGGCAUGCGCCACCAUUCAUCGGGGUACGAGCAGCACUCACCGAUACAGGAGCUCUCGCCCAUCAGCACGUCGUUUGGGCAGGCGGGCGACGCGUACCACCACGGCGCGCAGCCGGCGAACGGGAUGCUGCAGAUGGAGGGCAUGGGCGGGAUGUACCCGCAGUACUUUCCCGUGUUCGAUUAUGGCCCACCAAACCCGGAGGGGAUGUUCAUGGCGUCGCCGUCGGGCUCGCUCGAUGGCAGCGACCCACGGUCGUACUCGCCAGAAGCGAACGCGCAGAGCUCAUGGCAGGAUUUUAUGGCGCAGAUGGAGAUAUCGAUGUGAGCUGGGUAAGCUUGCAAGCCUGACGGAUGUACCUACGUCCGUAUGUUCGUUGUGUCAGCCAGUCCACUUACUACACACGGCUUCACGCGAGGUUUCGUAGCGUUUCUUAUUCUUGCGUUUUUGUAUCCUUCUACAGUUACUCUCUGCUCUAUCUCAGCAUCCCGGUUUUUUCUGUGUACUGCUGGUGACACGUAGGAUAAGUACUCCCGCUAAUAUAUAGGCCUGUACAAUGCG